GUUCUUAGUCGGACUGUUUACAAAGUAGAACCAGUACUUGUUUUUGCUUUUUGCUCGUCUUUGCUUUUCUCUGCAGUAAAAACUACAGUUUAGUUUUUAUUUAAAUAUAUUGUGUAUUAUUGGUUAGUUACGAUGUAGAAAAUGGCAGAAGAUGAUGAACUUGCUGCGUUUAGGAAGCGCUGGCAGCAAGAAUUAACCAACAAAAAGGAAGAACAGGGAAUUAUCCAUGGCGAUUCAACUAAAGUUUCAAGUCAAAAAGACUCAAAAAAGCGUUAUUUCGAAGAGAAGGAUGAACACAGAAACGAUAAGAUUGUGCCCGUAGAUAAAGAUGAAGGUGUAAAGUCGCAGGAUGAAGAGGAACAGCCUCAGUACGUUUCUAUUGUGGAGAGUUUACUGGACGGACAGACGCGCCCCCUGCUGGACAGGCUGGAGCAGGACAGGUCCAAAAGGAGAAGACAAAAUGAGACAAAAACAGCCCUGCAACACCAGAGGCUGCAGAAUAAAGUCAAGAAACAAGAGCAGCUGGUAGAUCAACUCAUCCUGGACCUGAACGAGGUUGAUGACAUUCCAUUUUUCGAUAUAGACUUGCCUUAUGAGCUGGCAUUAAAGAUUUUCCAGUAUCUCAGCUGCAAAGAGCUCGGCCGAUGUGCUCAGGUGAGCAGGGCAUGGAGAGUCCUUGCAGAGGAUGGAGUUCUGUGGUUCAGGUUGUGCAUGAGGGCGGGCUUUCAUCAGGAUGCCAGUGUGUCAGACUCCCCCUGCUGGAAGAGCACGCUACGGGACUGCAGGAACUCGGCCAAAGCUGUGUGCUCCAACUGGAAGAAUCGAGUGGGAUCCGUCAGCCAGCUGCAGUUUGAGCUCGGGAAGGUGCUGUGUGAUGUCAACUCUUGUGAAAAUUUUGUUUUUGCUGGUUACACUUCUGGAGACGUGAGGCUGUGGGAUACAUUUCACUGGGACUCGGGCGCCUCGUAUCUGAAACCAAACGGUCUGUCUGCGAACACGGAGCCGCGUCCGUAUAUCAGCCUGGUGCAGGUGAACAGAACUGUGGCCGCGGCGGCGUACGACGAUGGCUGUGUGGAUGUGUGGAGCACAGAGACAGGAGGACAGCCCAUUUACCACUACCACUGCCCCGAAAGGAUCAGGACCCUGGCCCUCAGCCCCGACGGCCCCGUCCUCGGCUCCUCCUCCGGGUCGGACAUACGCCUCGACCGACCUGACGACUGCGGCUACUGGAGGACGGUGUGCCAGGCUCAGCUCCCAAACACGGUGGAGAGCUUGGUGGUGCUUCCAGGUAAAGAGGCGUCUGGGCCGGUGGCGUCUGCUGCUGCUGGGGACAGUGUUUAUUUACUGGACUCUCGGACAGAAGAGCCACGCCCCCUUCACUCCGUCUAUGGUCAUCCCGUCACCUGCCUGGACGCCUCCCAGACCCAGGUGGCGUUUGGGGUGAAGCGCAGCGGCUGGGCGAUGCACGAUGGAGGCAACAAGAUCCACGUGUACAGUCUGGAGAGUGGAAAAGCAGAAGUUUGCAUGGGCAGCUCCGCGGGGGAUUUCACCUGCAUCAACCUGAGAGACAGCCCCCCUCAGCUCCUCGUCUGCGGCAACAAAGACAGGAGAGUGCGGGUGUUUGAUCUUCGUACCGGCGCCUCCGUCUCGUCCCUGUACGCCCAUCACCUGGGUGUGACGGCGGUGCAGACGGACGAGUGGAAGAUCGUGAGCGGCGGAGGGGAGGGGCUGGUGUGUGUGUGGGACAUGAGGACGGGGACUAAACUGUGGGAGAUGCACAACAGACAUCCAGUGCGACACAUUCGGUUCAGUGGCAGUCGACUCGUAACAGCCAAUAUCCCGGACGACAAAGCGCCGAGAGGAGCGUGCAUCACCGACGACGACCUCACAGCUCACCGCAGACACAGAGGAGUGAUCUGUCACUACGACUUCUCUGAGGACGCCCUGUCGCACCAUCACAUUUUACCCAUCUGCAGGUCGGACUACACCGGCUCUCAUGGAUACAACUACAACAUCAGCCUGACUGUGCCGUACGACAGGCUGAGCGGCUCACACCCGUCUGUCUGAACAGACUCCCACCUGUCUGUCUGAACACAGACUCCCACCUGUCUGUCUGAACAGACUCUGACCCGUCUGUCUGAACACAGACAGUUUUUCGAGCCCCUGGAGUGUUUUUACUUUUUCUCUUUUGUAUUUUAACUCUGCAUUUUAACUUUUACAGAUAUUUGAGACACAGAUGAUGCAGAUUCUGUGUGGACU